UGGGGGGGGUGGUGGUGGCGGAGGAGGAAUAGGGGUGUGGUGGUGGUGGGGCUUUGAGUAAAGAGUGGGAAAAAGAGCCCAAAAAACGAACAGUCAGAGGAACAUGGAAAAUCCCUGGUUCCCAUGCCAAGAAUCUGGCACACACACACACACACACACACACACACACACACACACACUCGCACACUCAAACAGUGUAUCUAAGAGCCUGCUGGGAGCUCAGAGCAGAGGAGAAGGUAGUGAUAAAAAUAAUCAGUCGUUGCUCAGCUUCGGAAAGACGGAUUCUGGAGAUCUCUCUGGGCCUUCGCUAUCUCCGCACCACUUGUAACACGGUAUCUUUUUGGUUUUCGAAACACUUGUGUGGAAUAAAAAAACUUCUGUAUGCGCGCAGGCACAUACUGUAUUUAUUUUUCCAUUAUCUUGUCUUCUUGGGAACACUUUAACCUCCUGUAAACCUUUCGUAUCUUUAGUUCCAGAUUUUGGGUUCUCCUAUUUUUAUGCAUGUAAGUAUAAAUGAAGAAAAUGUACAUUCAACGAUUCAUAGUAAUUUAAAGAGGCAGAAGAUAAUCAUGAAUAAUUCAGCAAACACUUAAGCCAGCCAGUUAUAUUGCGGUUAUGAUAAUCACCAGUUGCCAGCAGCCACAUUACCGCUUACUCUGCAUGUCAACAGUUUUCCUUCCCUGCCUGACGCUUGCGAGUGGCACAGCUGCUAUCUAUAGUACCGCUCUAUUUUCAGACCGUGCAGACAGGACGCAAUGGAACCCUCACAAACCUUUAUUUACCGUCCGGUUCUGUGGAAAAAAUGGCUAAACUACACUUGAUUCACAGGCCCGAAAGCUGGUUUCAGCCAGAGAAAAGACUUUAAAGGAUCAUGGAAGAGCCUGAAGGCCUGGGAGUCAACCGGGAUAUUCAUGCAGAGAAUGCGACCCUUGAUCUGGAGCGCGGAGAGGACCAGGCGGGCUUGGUGAGAGUGAGGGUGGAGGAUAGCUGGUUCACUGUGGAGCGAGCCUUGCUGGCGAGGUACAGCAACUAUUUCUGCGCACUCUUUCAGUCUGGGAUGAUAGAAAGUCACCGGGACGAGCUCCACCUGAAGGGAGGAGUGCGCGCAAGGGGGUUCCUCAUUGCCCUCGCUGUGUGCAGGGGAGAGGUCCCCACUAUCAGUGACCCGGACGAACUUGUAGAAGCUGUAGAGUGUGCUGCCUUCCUGCAGAUUGCAUGUUUGGUGCAACACCUUUGUGACAUUAUCGACUCAGACAACUGCCUCUUGCUUUACCAAGCAGCGUCCAUCUUUGGGGUUCAUACUCUGUUUCAUAACGCUGCUCUUUUCCUUCGUGACGCUUUCGAUGAUUUGAAGGAAGCAGCAGAGAGCACUAUUCCGGAAGACCUUCUUGAGUAUUCUCAAGCAUUGUCUCCUGCUUCGUACAUUGCUUUAGGCACACACUCACCUUCAAUGGAACUGCUACAUGACUCCUUUAGGGUUGUUUGCUACCUUGAUGAGAAAGAGGGAGAGUGGAAACACCUGACAGACCUCCCAACUCUCUGUAGCACCUCCAUGGCUGGAGUGGCAGUGCUUGACAAUCGAUUGUACAUCGUAGGGGGUGUCUACGGUUAUGGGAAGGACACAGUGGACGGCAGCUUCUGCUACAACCCCGAGACAGGAGUUUGGACCGCACUUCCAGGUCCAAAGCAACCAAGAUAUGACUUCACCCUGCUGGGGUACAAUGGGCGACUCUACGCUAUUGGCGGUGAAUUCAAAAAACGGAUCAUUUCCACGGCAGAGUGUUACGACACUGAGAAAGAGGAGUGGACGUUUAUACAACAUGCACCAAGACCUGUAGCAUCUGCUGCUUGCGCUGUUGCAAGACGGCGGAUGUUUGUUUGCUUCUGGAAACCACCAGACACCACAGACAUAUAUGAGUACAUACCAGUGACUGACGAGUGGAAACUAGCAACCACAAUGAUCAAACCUCAAAGCUAUGGCCACUGCAUGGUGGCUCACAGAGACAAUUUGUAUGUGAUGCGCAACGGGCCUUGCGACGACUUCUUGCGCUGUCUCAUGGACUGCUACAACAUUACGACAGGCCAGUGGACAGCCUUGCCGGGGCACUACAUCAACAGUAAGGGGGCGCUGUUCUCUGCAAUGAUAAGGGGGGACUCUGCGUUCACAGUUAAACACAUGCUAACUCUUGAAUACACCAUCACCGACAAUGGAUGGAAGCCCCGCAGGCAGAUGAAGGGAUUUCCAAAGAGUGGUUCACUUUGGACGUGUUUACUCAGGCUUCCCAAGAUGGGACCAGCUAUACCACAGCUGGAUGCAGAGGGGAAGGAGGAAGAAAUAGCUUUGCCAGACACAUCCGAGGCAUUUGCGGAAGCUAUACUUCAACUGUGAAAUCACUGCUGAACUGAAAAACAAUGGCAUUUCUUUUUUUCUAAACUAGAGUAUGAGUAAGAGUUUAAAUAAAACUGCAUAGUGACACAGAUGUUCCUCUUUUGAGUACCUUCACUUUCACACACUCUCACACACACAUGCACACGUGCUGGCACACUAAGCAUUCGUUCUGAUUAGCAACAGCUGCUACUGUAGUUUAUAUUAGGGGAGGCCACUGUGCAUGUGUGUGUGUGUACAGAGUUCAAAGGCACUGACGGGAUGUUCUAAACCACUCAUUCUCUACGUUUUUCCUGAAGUCACACUGGGCCAAUUCAGGAGCUACUGGCCUCCCAGUCUACAUAAAACACACCACAGCUUUCUCACACACACUCUUGGAUACUCACUUCUCCAGGUUUGUUGGCCCAAGAGUGAUAAAAUACCUGUUUCUGUAUUUCUGGGGGGAAUAUAUUUCAUAUUUGUGACUUUGGGAAAUGUUUUUUGGCUUGUAUGACCACAGACUGCUUCUUUUUUUUUUUUUUUUUACAUGCAAUUCUCUGGAAACAUGUGGCCUCAGUCCAUAGCACUUAAGGUGCAUAGUGAUAAUGUUCUUACAAAAUACUGUCAAUUAGAUUUAAAGUUGGAAUUUGUCUCUUGGAUCCUUCUGCAUAUCGCUUAAUGUCAUGAUUUCCACCAAACUUUCUCAUGUACUUCGUUGAGUUCAGCAACCCUACUGGGGUCAAUUAUGCUAUUACCAUUUCCAACACAGUGGCAGCCGCUCAAAAAGCCGCGUGCGUAAGGCCAAGUCAUUUCACAUGAUGAUCCACUGAUGGAAUCGAGCUGGUGAUC